AUGUCGACCGACGUUAAAUUUGUACUAGAUGAAUUAAAACAAGGUAUUCAAUAUUCCAAUAUACUAAAGAUAACAUAUGAUGAAACACCAAUUAAUAACGAUGAUCUCUUAGAAGAAAAUAAAACUCAAAUUAUGCCAUCUGUUGAAAUCGAUGAUGCCAACACAGAUCCAAAAAAGAAGUUUUUUACGGUGAUUAUGUGUGAUCCCGAUGCUCCAAGUGAAAAAGAUCCAAGCAGUGGACCCUAUCUUCAUUGGGUGCAUGCAAAUAGUACAAAGUUUAAUUUAAGUGAUGGGUCUAUUCUCUGUGAAUAUGACGGACCGGGACCACCAGCAGGAACUGGAACACAUCGAUACAUUUUUUUCUUAUAUGAAUCAGACAAAGAAAUAAAAAAUCAAAAAAUUAACGAUAGCGAACGUCCGCAAUUUAAAUUAAAAAAAUUUGUAAACGAUAAUGGUUUAAAAUUGGUUGCUGCGACGAAUUUCAAAGUGAAUGCAAGCAAAAGCUGA